AUGGCUCGCAAUCGCCCUCUUCCACUCGCCGAUGAGUGGGAAGAUCCUGAUUCCUUUAUAGAGGCACUCCUCUCUUUCGCAACAUCGAACGAGCUAUUCAUAAAUCUAUGUGGUGGCGUGCACAUCCUCGACUUCCUAACGCGCGAGCCCGAUUUAUAUACGACGCUACUCCCGGACGAUUGGAUCGCAUUUUUCGAACAACAUGACACGCAAGAUAUAAUCCGAUUGCUUCUACGAGAGAAUAUUGGGCCUCUACGAGAAGACGGUGGUGUGGACCGCACUUGGAACGGAGGCGCAUUCCCUCCCGCGACCCUCUUGGACUACAUUUACAACGUUCGUCGGUUGGCUCUUCGACGAGAGUUCAAGUCCCCCGACGCGGAAAAGAAUAAGAAACUGAACAAACAUGUUGCGAUGGGCAUGAAGAAGAAGAAGCUUCAUGAGGUGCAGCAUUUUUCACGAUAUGUGGCUGGCCUCUCGGAGACCGUUGAGCAACGGCGUGGUGAGCCUGUAUCUCACAUUGUGGAUUUUGGCUCUGGGCAGAAUUAUCUUGGACGAGCGUUGGCUAGUUCACCCUACCACAAGCAUAUUAUUGCCAUUGAACGAAAGCACCAGUAUAUCAGUGGAGCUAAGGACAUGGAUGUUUAUGCUAAACUGGCUGAGAAAGAGAAGAAGGAUCAGACGUACGUGGUCAACAAUAAAAAGAAUAAGGCUUGCAGUGCCUGCGAUGGGAACCCAGAGAUAGCAGACUCUGAGCAAACGGACACUCUUCAGGCCCAAGAAUCCGAUGCUAAAUUUGGAGAUGCCCCUGCGCGCGAAGUGGAGGAGAACAUAGAGGAUGUCACCAUUUUCAAAAUGUUGGGAGAAAUCAGCCUAGAGCCCGAAGAGCUCGCCGGUUCGAGCACACCCAAUGCGCCUCGCAAAAAGGCCCAGCAACCAACAAUCCAGGCUCGAGGCACGCUCAGUUACAUUGAACAUGAGAUUCAAGAUGGGUACCUGGAGCCUAUCAUCGACCAUGUGAUGAACCCAUCACCCGCAGAGACGCAAAACGGCAACAAGCCUGAGGAAACCUCGAUCACUGAGCAGCAUACGAAAGAAGGCCGAACAGAUCCUCGAGUCAUGGUUGUCUCCCUACAUUCAUGCGGAAACUUGGUCCACCAUGGCGUGCGCUCGCUUAUUUUGAACCCAUCAGUCAUCGCCGUCGCCAUGAUUGGCUGUUGCUAUAACUUGAUGACAGAGCGCCUCGGUCCUGCGACAUACAAACUUCCUAUCCUUCGAUCGGUUCACCCACGUCUCCACGAAACCGGAACUUCAUAUGACCCACACGGCUUCCCCAUGUCCAAGCUUUAUGAGAACUAUAAAAGUGCCGGCGCAGAGGGCAUGAAGCUGAAUAUCACUGCCCGCUCAAUGGCUGUUCAAGCUCCCUACAACUGGGGUUAUGCCGAUAGCGAAGGCUUUUUCACCCGUAAUUACUACCGUGCCCUCCUCCAACGCAUUCUCGUCGAUCGCGGCGUCGUCCCCAAGCCCGGCGCCGUCAAGGAUCUCUACGAGGAAUCACUUGGAACCAAAGCCUUGAUUGUCGGCGCAUUGGGCAAGAGUGCCUUCAAGUCUUUCACCGCGUAUAUGCGUGCCGCGAUAGUCAAGCUGACCCGCGAUCCGCACCACGGCGCCAAAGUUACGGAAAGAGUUAGCAUCAUGUCUGACGAGGACUUCCAGCGCUAUGAUACAGAGUAUCAGCAGGCGAGGAAGAAUCUGAGUGUUGUAUGGAGCUUGAUGGCUUUCAGCGCACAGGUUGUUGAGACUGUUAUCGUUGUGGAUAGAUGGCAAUACCUGCGGGAGCAUGACUCUGUCAAGGAGUGCUGGGUUGAGCCUGUGUUUGAUUAUAGCGAGAGUCCGCGGAACCUGGCUGUUAUUGGAUUGAAGAAGUGA